GCUUCAAAGUGAGAGCAUUUCAAAGCUGCCCUGCAGUAGAUCCGCGCACCCAAGGAAAGGCAAGAGAUGAAUACUAAAGGGGAUUUUCUGUACUGAGACUUACCCAAGGAGAGAACUCUUUGCAGCAUUAUUGUUUUGUUUCAGAAACCAUCAGGCAAGCAGAAGAUGGCUACAAAGAUUACGGCCACAACAAACACCCAAAGAAAAACAAUAGGUCAUGAGGAGUACAGUCUGUACAGUAGCAUGAGUGAAGACGAGCUUAUUCAACUGGCCAUAGAACAGAGCCUGACAGAGGAUCCCUCAGGUCAGUCAGCUGCCCAGAGUCAUCAGAAAUCAGUCAUGACAGCCCCAGGAGAGCCACCUACGUUGACGCGUCCUUGCUCUCAUAAUCCACCACACCAGAUCAAUCCUUGGCACAGGUUGGCAGCCCAGUCCGGAGGCCAAGCUCCAGGGUCAUCUUGGGGGGUCAGACGAAGGUACGACGGCAGCCUGUUCAUCACCCCCCAGCCUGUCGAGCUGGAUCCUGUAGUGGAAGCAAUCAAGGAAGGAGAUGAAAGUGCCCUGCUCAAUAUGAUGAAAUCAGGGAAGAACCUUUCCGAACCUAAUAAGGAUGGAUGGAUACCGCUGCAUGAAGCUGCCUACUAUGGCCAAGUAGGCUGCCUGAAAGUGUUGCAAAGAGCAUACCCUGGAACCACUGAUCAGCGUACGCUUCAGGAAGAGACAGCGCUGUACAUAGCAACAAGCAGGGGAAACCUGGACUGUCUACUUUCUUUGCUGCAAGCCGGGGCUGAACCUGAUAUUACAAACAAGUCCAGGGAGACUCCACUCUAUAAAGCCUGUGAACGCAAAAACAUCGAAGCUGUAAGGAUGCUGGUGCAGUACAAUGCCGAUGCAAACCACCGGUGCAAUCGGGGAUGGACUGCUCUCCAUGAGGCCGUUUCUCGGAAUGACAUAGAAAUAAUUGAUAUCCUGAUCAAAGGGGGAGCCAAGAUUGAAAGCAAGAACACUUAUGGGAUCACCUCUUUAUUUGUGGCUGCCGAGGGUGGGCAGUUAGAUGCUUUGCGAUACCUUGCCAAGUGUGGGGCUGAUAUCAACACCCAAGCCAGCGAUAGUGCCUCUGCUCUUUAUGAAGCCUGUAAAAAUGGACAUGAAAAGGUGGUGGAGUUUCUCUUGUCCCAAGGUGCAGAUGCUAACAAAACCAAUAAGGAUGGUUUAUUACCUCUUCAUAUAGCAUCCAAAAAAGGCAAUUAUGAGAUAGUCAAAAUGCUGCUCCCCGUGACCAGCCGCACUCGGGUCAAGCGCAGCGGCAUCAGUCCGCUCCAUCUUGCGGCUGAGCGCAACAACAACGACAUCUUGGAAGAGCUAAUUGAGGCCGGCUAUGAUGUGAACACCACCCUCUCCUUUGAGAGAGCCCGGCUCUACGAGGACAGGCGCAGCACCGUCCUCUACUUCGCCGUCAUUAACAAUAACAUCUACGCCACAGAGCUGCUGCUGCAAGCCGGCGCCAACCCCAACAUCGAUCUUAUCAACCCACUGCUAAUCUCCAUUCGCCACGGUUGCCUGAAAACCAUGAAGCUGCUUCUAGACCACGGGGCGAAUAUUGAUGCGUACAUUUCUAGCCAUCCCACUACUUUCCCAGCCACCAUCAUGUUUUCAAUGAAGUACCUCAGUCUGCUCAAAUUUCUAAUGGAUCUGGGCUGUGAUGCCGACUCCUGUUUUAAGUGUCAGUACGGAAAUGGCCCACAUCCUGUGCUGGAUCAUAGAAGGGACAGAUUGGAUGAUACCCCGGUGAACAAACAGCCAAACAUAGUACAGUUUUGUGAUAUGGUGUCUGCUCCGGAGAUGAAUCGCUGGGCCGGGCCUAUUAUCGAUGUUCUCCUGGAUUAUGUGGGCAAUGUGCAGCUCUGUGCCCGGCUAAAGGAGCACAUAGACAGCUACGAGGACUGGGCAGUUGUUAAAGAGAAAGCAGAGCCCCCCAGGCCUCUCGCUCACCUUUGCCGGAUCAAGGUUCGAAACGUGAUUGGGAGAAACCGCAUUAAACUGAUUGACACUUUGCCUCUGCCGGGCAGACUGAUUCGAUACCUACAGUAUGAUUAUUCACAGUGACCUCGUGCAAACCUGGUGAUCAGCAGCUUCCUUGUGCAACAACCCAAUUCAUUAGAGAGGAGAGUAUUCACAUGAUCAUGUUGAACGGACUACGUGAUGGGAAGGAACCUGUGUCACAUGUCACACAGGAUCACCCCAUAGCUAAUCUGUGUGCAUGACAAUGCUGGAAAGGGAGAGAGAAGAAAUGGAGAGUGAAAGACACAGAGUGACACAGACAGGACAGACUAUCCUUUGAUUUUUUUUUCCAAAAGAAAACAAGUGCUUUGGAAUGUUACACACCUCAGAGAUCUGUAGGGAAGGGGACAGGAACGCCAGCACUGAAAAACUAGCAGAGUCAAAGCCACGUGACAUUGCGGGAUUCGAAAAGGACCUGAGGGUCUUUCAGAGGUUAGAGUUCUUCAGUGCUCAGGAAUCAGUAAUUGUCAAGAAUCUGCAUAGCUGGGGAAACAAUCACAUUUCCCUGAAUGUUAUUUUGUUUUCUGUCAUGUUAGGCUGAGCGGUUUGCUGGUUGCUAAUUCUCUGGUACCUUGACAUUAUCUCUCUCACCUAUUUAUUUUUUGUUUCUUUGGCCUUUUCACUUGAUUUCCAAGCGUUCAAAACUCAGAGCUUUUGAGAAGAUUUUUUCUCCCCAACAAAGACAUUUUGUAAAUAUUGGUGCAAACCAAGAAGACUUGACUCAUCCUAAACUCCUGUUAAAGUCAGUGGACAUUUUAUAUGAGUAAACAUACCAGGACUGAAGGAUUUAGCUCACAGUAAAUACUGUUUGUGGUAUAUUAAAUGUGCAUAAGAAGUAGACAGGGCUCUGGUGUAAGUGAAUUUCUGCAGUGAAGAUCCAAAAGCAAUUCUGAACUCCUUUUAACUGGUGUAAAUCCGAAAUAGGACCACAGAAGUCAAUGGAUUUUCUCCACCAUAAAAUUGCUGUGAGAGCAGAAUCAGGCCCUGAAAUUCAGGUGACAGAUUUUAGUGAAGCCAAGACACUGAGCUACUGUUACUUGUAGAAGAGUCAGAUUAUUUCAAAAUUAUAAACACUGGCACUAAGAUUUUCAAAAAUUAGGCUCCUCUGUCCUUAUUUAUGCAUUUAAAUAGUGCCAGAUUAUGAUACACUUACACUGAACAUUUACUUAUGCCACCAGUAAUUUCAUUGAAGUCAGUGAGGAGACUUGUGCAGUAAGGUGCUACUCAAGGAAAAUUACAGUAUCAUAAUUUGUCCCUAAGUGGCCUGAAUUUCAAAAGUGCUGAGUACCUGGAAGCUCCCACUGACAUCAAUGAAAGCUGCUAGAUUUCAGCCCCUUUGAAAAUCAAAUCACUUAUUUGGCACCUAUAUAAGGAUUUACAUUAGACCCCUAUCUUUGCAAAUCUUGGCCUAGAAAUACACAGGCUCUUCACCCUCUUAUUGUAAACACAAAAGGAGUUUUGGGCUCCAGUCUGAUUUGGAUUCAUACCAGAGAUUAUCUGCACGUCCAACCAUACAUACAUUAGGUAUGGUUUUGUGUGUUGACCUGCCCACCAGAUACUGAUUCAGACAGAAAUCUAAGCAAAGCAGGAGAAAUACAGUUAUUCAUGACAAACGGGGCUGCAUUGCACAAAGGUUUCUUCUUGUAGACUUGUACACCUUACCACAAAACUAUAAGUGUAUUGCACACAUGCAUGUCUGCUUUUGCCCAAAGUUUGGAGUGAAAUUCCGCAAGCGCUGGAAGGUAUGGGAUGUAAGCAACAGUAGCAACAACUGCAGCUAAUUGCACCUCUGUGUGUUGACUGUCCCCUUCCAAAAUGCAAUGGCAGUGGAGAAACCAAUGCCGUUUCAAUUCAGAUUGAGCUGUGAUCCUCUAGCAGAGCUUUGAAGAAAGUGAUUAGUGCCUGGCCAGCUCCUCAGCUAGUGAAAAUGGGGAAAGCUCCACCCAUUGUCUUCAUUUACUCCCGCUGAUGUUCUGGCCCCUCAUUCUCAGGUCUAACAAUGAUGCUGACCAUUUUUCCUCCUCCAGUGGGUAUCUCCUGCUUUGGUGAACUACACUCCAGACACUCUGUCAGGGUUGAAAGGGAGAUGAAGGACAGAAGAGAUGCCAAACAGCAGGCUAUUUCCCAUUCCAAAAACAAUAAUGGGCCAGAUCCUGCAAGAUGCUGAGCAGCUCGAUAUAGCAACCUCAGAAGGAAAAUAAUUCAGAGCAGGCGCCUGCUCUGCAGCUAGCGUAAAUGGGCACAGCACCCAUUACUCCAGUGGAGUAGCACCCAUUUAUACCAGCUAGGAUCCAGCCUUUGGUGUUUGCAAACAGUUUGCUGGAGGGAGCUCUGAAAAUCACCCCUGCUGUCUGGUAACUCAUUCCAGCAGCACGGCGCUUCAGAGAAUUUUUACAUAAUUCUAAGAAAACCAUUUUUGACACCACUUAAAACUCCCCAAAUUUCCCCCUUUCAAUAAUGCACCAUAAUUUGCCAAAAAACAAACAUACAAUAAAGAAUCAGAAAAAGACCCAAGCUGGGAGCCCUCCUUGUGAGCCCAGGCAUAUUACCGCUGGCCUGAAAGGAAGCCCUAGAGCUGCUCAGACACAGCCUUGCUUUUGAAUAUUUAGCAUGAACAUCCUAGAUGAACAGAUGCAUGGCCUGUCCAUACAGCCCUGACUCAUGCUGGUGAACACUUACUUCACUGAAGAGACUAAUGCCUGUGAAUAAAGUGCACACCCCAUGUGAAAGGAUUCCACAGGCCAGCUCCAGUAGUCCUAACAGUAGUGUGUGAACUAAGUAGCUUUUGAUAUACAGAAAAAUCACCUGGUUAGCUGGCAUAGCUCACGCCUCUGUGGGUUGAGCGUGGAGGGCCUGGUUCUUGCUUACUUCCAUUAUUGUAAAUCAGGGGCAACUCCCCUGAAAUUAAACCAGUGUCACAGGCUAGAAUCAGACUGAGUUGCAAACAGAUAUUGAUACUGAAACCCAGCAUGGUGGAGAGGGUUUACCUAAAUAUCUAUGUGUUGUAUAAUCAGAUUAUCUGAGGCCACCUUUCUGAUGGAAUGAUUUGAACUCACACACCGUGUACAUACAGUAGUGCUGGGAUUUCAUAAGCAAUCCAAAGCUGUGGAAUACUCUGGAGAGGAAACUUUUACAUAUGCAAAAUGAUCAUGGGAUACAGGGUUGUUCUGUUUUGUUGAACCUGGAAAAACUGAAACUGGGUAUGGGUUGAGCAAAAGACGUAUUACUCCUUAACUGGAUACCUACAGGCCUGAUUGCUCUAUCAUAUUUGUAUCGGUCAGGCGUACCGCCACUGAAAUCAAUAGAGCUACCCUGGUAUAAAAUUAGUACAAGCGAGAGCAGAAUCAGGCCCAUACUGUGCACAUAAACUGAGGAGAGAUCACUCCAUUGACCUGGCACUCGCGAUAUCACUUUAUCCUUUCUGCUUGACCCUCACUGCCAGCCUUUCCACAGUUGAUUUACAUUUAUUUGCACUAAAACAGGGCAGGCUACCUCUCUCACACCCGAUGUCCUGAAUCUGUACAAAUUCUCUUUUCAUUUAUAAAAAUGAAUACAGCUGUAUAGAAGUCAUUGUGAAAUUGAAAAAAUACUUCGGAGCCAAGGCUUUGGAACCAGUUCAGUAGUUCCAAUAUGCAGUAAAAUGGUAUAUUUUUAUGCAUCAGGACAGACAUCUUCAGUGAUGAGAAGUGUUGUCAGCUGUUCCAGGAAUACUAAAUGGCCAGAAUACUGUACUUUGUUAUUGCAACAUGUGCAAUUCACUUUAUGUUCUUGUGCACUUUUUUGUACAAAAGCUUUUUCAAUUGUUUUAUUAUUUUUUGCCGUUAUUUAUAAAAUAUAGUGUGGGUUUAAUAUUUUACAUUUGCAUUAUGUUUUAGCAAAUGGUGGCGUUCCGGUGUUAUGUUUUUCAGCUU